AUGGGGAAGGAAGGGCUGGUUCUCGUGUCCAUGUUUGUAUUAGGUUUUGCAGGACUCUUCGGUUGUGUUCUUUCCUAUGAUCGGCCACCACCUCAGAGAAACAUAUAUGUGCAAUUGUCUGAAGAUGACGACUCCACAACUCCACAACAGGUGCAUAUAUCUAUGGUUGGUAGCGACAGGAUGAGAAUAUCAUGGAUAACAGACAGCCCAACUCCAGCAAUUGUAGAUUAUGGCACAUCUCCUAAAGCAUACACUAAUUCUGCAAAUGGGACUACCUAUUCGUAUCGUUAUCUCACAUACAACUCCGGCCAAAUUCACGAUGUAGUCAUUGGUCCAUUGACCCCAAACACAGUGUACUACUAUCGUUGCAGCUCUAAUUCAGCACAAGAAUUCAGUUUCAAAACCACACCAGCUAAGCUCCCAAUCAAGUUCGCCGUUUCAGGUGAUCUUGGACAAACUGGUUGGACGAAAUCAACGUUGGAACACAUAUCCAAAUUGGAUCAUGAUAUGUUACUUCUGCCGGGGGACUUAUCAUAUGCCGAUUUCUAUCAACCUCUAUGGGACUCAUUCGGCCGCCUGGUCCAGCCGCUGGCAAGCCAACGCCCGUGGAUGGUUACACAAGGGAAUCACGAGAAAGAAAAAAUCCCUCUUCUCCAUGGCCGGUCCUUCACAGCUUAUAAUGCUAGAUGGCACAUGCCAUUUGAGGAAAGCGGGUCAACUUCCAACCUAUUCUACUCCUUCAGUGUUGCUGGUGUCCAUGUUAUCAUGUUGGGAUCUUACGCAGAUUUUGAUCCCAAUUCAGAGCAAUACAAAUGGCUGCAAGCAGAUUUAGGUAAGGUUGACAGAGCAAAAACUCCAUGGUUGGUGGCGAUAAUCCAUUCACCUUGGUACAAUUCCAACACUGCUCAUCAAGGUGAAGCUGAAUCGGUUGACAUGAAGAAGUACAUGGAAGACCUAAUUUAUCAAGCUCGUGUAGAUGUGGUUUUCGCAGGACAUGUGCAUGCUUACGAGCGCUUUACUCGUGUUUACCAAGACAAACCUAACAAUUGUGGACCUGUGUACAUCAACAUUGGGGAUGGUGGGAACAGGGAGGGCCUUGCAAACGAUUAUAUUGAUCCAAAGCCAGAAAUAUCGGUUUUCAGAGAGGCAAGCUUUGGACAUGGACAAUUUGAGGUUAUGAAUGCAACCCAUGCACUGUGGACUUGGCAUAGAAACGAUAAUGACGAGAAAGUUACAAGUGAUUCCAUCUGGCUUACAAGUCUCCUGAUCAAUUCUUCCUGUCAUAAAUAG